AUGUCGCUAAAACACUUUGCUGGGCGUCUCCCUUGCGUCUGGAGACGCAGGUAUUCUACCUCGCCAUCAUUAAAGAAGCCCGUUACUGAUAAUGGGCCGGCUACUGGACGAGCGUGGUCUAACCCGGCAACCCAUAAUCCGAGAUGGACGGGCCGCUCCGUGUUCACCCUGUCGGCCACUGCCGGUUUGUUGGGGUUUGGCCUUGCUACGGCGUCGCUUCAAGGCCCCCCACAGCGCGCUGUCACACUCCUUGACAGCAAGAUGCCGACUCCUCAGUACGCAUCCUUAGAUGAAAUGGAAGAUGCGCUGAAUGAAAUUCGUCGCGAGAUCUCCAAAAAGGGCGGGGGGGACAUUAUCAGUACAGAUCCAGAAGACCUUCUUGCUCAUGGAUAUUCCGAAUGGUCGACGGUAAACCCUGAUGGGUUGCCAGUUGCCGUCGUGUAUCCGCGUUCAACAGAACAAGUAUCAACCAUCGCUCGUGUCUGUCACAAAUAUCGUGUACCUAUUAUCCCCUAUUCCGGAGGAUCGAGUUUAGAAGGAAACUUCUCGGCCCCCUAUGGCGGCAUCAGCGUUGACUUCGCGUAUAUGGACCAAAUCAUCCAGUUCAACAAGGAUGACAUGGAUAUCGUUGUUCAGCCGAGCAUCGGUUGGCAGGAUCUUAACGAAAAUCUGAGCAGAAUGGGGAGUGGUCUCUUCUUCCCCAUAGACCCUGGCCCAAGCGCCAAGAUCGGUGGCAUGAUUGGUACCAAUUGUUCUGGCACGAAUGCAGUUAGAUACGGAACAAUGAAAGACUGGAUUAUCAACUUAACCGUCGUUUUGGCAGACGGUACAGUUAUUAAGACGCGGAGACGCCCGAGGAAGAGUUCAGCGGGUUAUAACCUCAACGGCAUAUUUGUGGGCUCCGAGGGAACUCUAGGCCUAGUCACCGAGGCCACUCUCAAACUUGCUGUUGUUCCAGAGGAGUUUUCUGUCGCCGUGGUAACGUUCCCUACAAUUCGCGAUGCGGCCUCAGCCGCCGCCGAGGUCAUGCAGACAGGAAUUCCCGUCGCAGCCAUGGAAAUCAUGGACGAAGUUCAGAUGAAGGUCGUCAACAUAGGAGGAGCGACCGCGCCGCGUGUAUGGAAAGAAAUGCCUACGCUCUUUUUCAAAUUCUCGGGGACCAAGGCGGGCGUAAAGGAGAACAUCAGCCGCGUCCAAGCCAUCGCCAAAAACAAUAAGGGCAGCAAUUUCGAAUUUGCUAAGGAUGCCAAGGAGCAGAAACUCUUAUGGUCGGCGAGGAAAGAGUCUUUGUGGUCGAUGUUGGCUCUGAGGAAAAAUAACGAGGAAGUUUGGUCAACUGAUGUCGCCGUCCCAUUUAGCAGACUGGCUGAUAUCAUAGAGGUCAGCAAGAAAGAGAUGGACGACCUGGGACUAUUCGCCAGCAUCUUAGGCCACAUAGGAGACGGCAACUUCCACGAGAGCAUCAUGUACAAUCGGAAAGAUAAAGAUGAGCUCGAAAAAGUUGAGACAUGCGUCAAGAACAUGGUCAAGCGGGCGCUAGAGAUGGAGGGGACAUGCACGGGAGAGCACUCCAUUGGCUGGGGCAAAAAGGAGUCGCUUCUAUGGGAAGUCGGCCCGGACACUCUGGCUGUCAUGAAGCAGAUUAAAUCAGCCCUAGAUCCCCUGUGGAUCAUGAACCCUGGCAAGAUCAUGGACAUCCCAUGA